AUGCCAUCGUUUUUCUGCAUUCCAUUAGCAUGUAACCGCCAGAUAGACUCGCUUGAUCGUCGCCAAAACAACCUUCAGGCUGUACCUCAUGAUAUUGAUCGUUAUCGUGGACUCGAAGAACUGCUGCUUGCCAUGAAUCACAUCAAAGAAUUGCCAAAGACCCUCUUCCGACUCACGAAGCUCCGUUUACUGGAUCUCAGCGAUAAUGAUAUUUUCUGCGUUCCUCCUGAAAUUGCUUCACUAUCCAAUCUUGUAGAGUUGAACCUUAGCAGAAAUGAUAUUUCCGACUUGCCCGAGCAACUGAAGGAGUGUAAGAUGCUUAUGAUUCUGGAUCUUAGUUCAAAUCCUAUUACGCGGUUACCUGAUACAAUAGCCCACUGUGUGUCGCUGACUCAUCUUGGUUUGAAUGAUGUGUCGCUUACUCAGCUUCCUGUGGAUAUAGGACAGUUGAUUAAUCUUCGUUCACUGGAAGCUCGGGAUAAUCUUAUCCGAACGUUACCAACUAGCAUUACCCACAUGAAGAACCUGCAGGUCAUUGAUCUUGGACAGAACGAGCUAGAUCAGUUGCCAGCAGAAAUGGGUUGUUUGGAAUCACUACGGGAGCUGUACGUGGAUUCAAAUGAUUUGGAAAGUCUUCCCGAACAAUUGACAAAGUGCAGUUACUUGGAACAGCUAGAUGCAAGUGAGAACCGUCUUUCUAGUCUGCCAGAAGAAAUCGGAGAUCUCUCGCAGUUAACCGAUGUGAAUUUGGCGGACAACGAACUGCAAACUAUUCCAAAUUCCAUAGGGCGAUUAAAAAAGUUAACUAUCCUCAAGUUGGAAAAGAAUCACAUUCACCAUCUGACUCAGUCAAUUGGUAGCUGUGAACAGUUAACAGAGCUGUUUCUGACUCAUAAUUUACUACAAGAAUUGCCGUCUUCUAUCGGAAAUUUGAGAAAUUUGAAAAAUUUAAAUGUAGAUCAGAACAAGCUUGCCGCUAUACCUUCAACAAUUGGGGGUUGCGCAUCAUUGACAGUGCUGUCCUUGAGGGAAAAUGAGAUUACUGAAAUUCCUAUGGAUAUUGGGAAGUGUGAAAAGCUGACUGUACUAGAUUUGUGCAACAAUCGGCUAAGUCAUCUCCCAUUCACGAUCAAUGUUUUAUUCAAACUGCAAGCGUUAUGGCUGAGCGAAAACCAAUCACAAGCGAUGUUGAAGCUUCAAGUCGAACGGGACCCACGUACCGGUGUGAAAGUACUUUCAUGUUAUUUGUUGCCACAGCUGAGCGCUCAUCCUCAAAACGAUCGCACUGGCCAGAACCGUUCUUUUGUUGGUGGGCCGAAGGUGCAUUUCCCUGAUCAAGAUGCUACCGUUGAUGAAGACAAGUUGCCCAUUGGACAGUUUGAACGGCAUGACACUCCACAUCCAAAGCCGCAGAAGUUGAAGAAGAGCAGCAUCGAUGGACAUGUGAUACAUCAUGAUGGACAAAAUCAGAACCAGCCGGCUACAUUGGUUCUCUCAAAGAAACCAGCGGCUGGAAUGGAUUCGUCGCCUACGGGGGCUCCACAACCUGCACCACGUUCAGCACUCAAAUUCCAGAGUGUUCCACCAACAGAGUACGAACCAGAGCACAACGUACCAAUUGCAGAACCGCAAAUACAAGAACGUGUUCAGGAGAGAUCCACCGUGCUUUCUCCAACUACAAUGUCACGAGAUGGUGUACCUCGAAAGAUCACGAUCACUCGCGAUGCAAAUGGCCACUUGGGACUCUCCAUUGCCGGAGGUUUGGGGAGUACUCCGUUUAUAGACGGAGACUGUUCUUUGUUUGUCUCGCGAAUCACCCCUGACGGACCUGCCGAUAUUGCUGGACUUCGCGUUAAUGACAAAUUAAUGAAAGUUAACGAUGUAGAUGUAACGUGCGCAUCACAUGAUGAAGCUGUACGCGCUAUGAAUGAGCCUAGUGGCUUCGUCGAACUAUCAGUUCUGAGGCGGGAAAGUGCUGCACCUAGCUUCGUGAGAUCACCAGAGCAAUCAUUGGACGUCUCUUUUAUCACCGACCCUGGAGACUUGCCGAUGCAUAAUCGGGAAACGCUCAGUGUGACGUUGAAGCGGGAUGGCUCUGGUUCUCCAGGAUUUGCUGUUGCUUCUUCAUAUGCAGGAGCGACUGACGGUCUAUUUAUUAGCUACAUUACACCAAAUGGACCGGCUAGUUGUCAAGGAAAGCUAUGUGUUGGUGAUCGAGUGGUUUCUAUUAAUGGGACUCGUUUAAAGGGAGUCCGCCAUGAUCAAGCCGUGGCAUUGCUUACGGGUAAUCCGUUUGAGGAUGUAUAUAUUACAGUAAUGCGCGACUUUAUUCCACGCGUGUCACCUCUUCCUUUACCAUCGACACCCCUCAUCACCUCAUCUCCUACUACACAUUCUCCUCAGCCUCAUCCCGAGAAUGUAAUAAAUAAGUUCCCUUCCGCUAGUCUCUUACCACCUAGUCAAAAUGCUGAUACUUCUUCGUGGGAUGGAACAACAGAGGAGGUUAUCCUCUUGAAAGAUGGGAAAUCUCUUGGGCUUUCGAUUGUUGGCGGCUGCGACCACUCAAGUCAUCCAUUUGGUGUGGACAGGCCAGGAGUCUUUAUUAGCAAAAUUGCUGCAAACUCUCCUGCUGCAAGAUGUCAACGUCUUCGCAUUGGUGAUAGAAUUCUCGAAGUAAAUGAGAGAGAUAUUCGCAAAGCUCAUCACAUCGAGGCCGUUGAGGCUUUGAAACAAAGUGGCCCGCGUGUCGUUCUGUUAGUCACUCAUGAGCCACAGCCUCCUGGUAUGAGAGUGAUCGAGGUGUCUCGAAAAGAUGGGCAGUCUCUAGGUAUUUCAAUUCAUGGAGGUGUUGGCAAGCCGGCUGCUAAUCCUGCAGACGAAAGAGACGAAGGAAUAUUCAUUGAGAAGGUGGAGCCAUCUAGCGUUUGCCACCGUGCCGGUCUCCAAGUUGGGCAUCGUCUUAUCGAAGUGAAUGGAGAUUCUCUGCUAGGCUGUGAUCAGUCCGAGGCGGCUGCGAUCCUCCGUGCCUCCAAUGAACUGCGCAUCCUUGUUUGCGAUGGAUAUAACAAACCGACCGUGCCCCGCAUCGAUGACAGGACGAUUACGUCGUCGCAGUCAUCCUCGAGCAACGUGCUAGUGGACGAGAACAAGCUUGUGUCAACUUCCUCGAUUUCAACUGUCGCUAACACUUCUAUUCAAAAUGGUGAACAUCACCUAGAAGCAUCUCGAUUCGACGACCCUCCUCUGGCUUCGUCCAGCCCCUUGCCCUCGACUCCACUGACUUCUGCUCCUGCUUCGAAAGCUACUCGGAUUCCACCUGCCGUUGCACCGAAACCGACUCUUCGUAAUUCUCAGUUGCAAAAUGUGCCGAUAGUUGGUGAUCUCACACAACCGGAAAAACUCACUUUUGCUUCGAAAGUGAAAAACUUUGAGAGAGAAAUCGAAGUACAGAGACUGGCUACGAAACAUACUUCGGCGAGUAGCUUACCAUCUCCAGCUAUGAAACCACUUAUCACUGACAAUGACGUACUGAAAAUGAAGGAAGAGGAAGGACGAAGAAGGGGAACUGCUAAUCGCGAAGCUGUAAGCCCUCUAGAAAGUGGAGCUGGAUUUGAAAAAAUGCUUGAUGACUGUGUGAAGUCAAAUAUUGGGAGCAAUCUUAGGAAAAUUGACAACUCUUCACCUUCUUCACAUUUGAUCAACUCUGAUACUCCUCUGAACGAAGUGGAAAGGCGGGCGAUGGAACAGCAAAGGCGGAGUGAAUGGCGCGCAGCUCGUUUGCGAAGCCUAGAUCAAGAGAGGGCAGAAGCAGAUGCCAUUAUGGAUCGUUUGCAACUAAUCUCAUUACCUGCAAUCGGUGAGGAUGUAUGUGUUCCUCCAUCGGAGAGGAUACUAAGCAAUGAUAUCUCAGUUGAAAGAAGUAUGGUUGUUGACGCAGUGACUGGAGAACGUACGGUUACGGUUGUUGAAAAGAGUGUAACGAAGAGAGAGAUUGAUGUCGCGUUAGCCGGAGGUGAAAUAGAUUAUGCUGAUAAAUGA